CCAUUUUUCCUAUAUAAGAGGCAAAGUUACCCUGAUAUAACUCAUCAAGCUACCUAGUACCACAGUCGCUAUCCAGAAAGCAAUCAGUCAUCAUGGCAAGUGUCACAAUUUUAAGCAUCGAUGGAGGAGGUGUGAGAGGGGUUAUUCCUGCAACCAUCCUGGCAUUUCUUGAAGAUGAGCUCAAGAACCUUGAUGGACCAGAAGCUAGGAUUGCAGACUAUUUUGACAUCAUUGCAGGGACAAGCACAGGAGGCCUUAUAAGUGCAAUGCUCACCACGCCUGAUGGUGAUGAUCCUGAGAAACGCAAACCCCUGUUUACUGCCCAAGAAGUUGUUGACUUUUAUUUAAAGGAGAGUCAGUAUAUCUUCCCCAAAGAACGAGAGGCACCAACAAAACUUGCAGCAAAACCUUUGAAUGAUGAAGAUAUGAGUGGAAAUAUAUCAAUAAUCACCCUGCUAUUUCAAUGGUUCAGCUUUGCAGUAGAAAAGCUUGGUCUCCCUACAUUCUUAUUGAAUUACCUUACUCGUUUUGAGAAAGCAUUCUUGCUUCCCAAAUAUGAUGGAAAGUAUCUGCGUAGCAAAAUCAUGGGUCUGAUGGGAGUGAAGCAGCUCACUGACACAAUCACCAAUGUUGUCAUCCCAGCUUAUGAUGUCCUCCGCUUCCAACCAUUUGUUUUCUCCUCCAGGCAGGCAAAACGUGAUGAGUCUUGGAAUUUUAAUCUCUCUGAUGCUUGCAUAAGUACAUCUGCAGCUCCAACCUAUCUCCCUCCACAUCCCUUUACUAAUGGCCUCAACAAGUUUUGCAUGGUUGAUGGUGGUUUGGCAGCCAAUAAUCCGACUCUGCUAGCUAUACGUGAUGCGGUAGUGAAUCAGAAGAAAAGAGUUAUCAGUCCUGAUGGAAGCCUCGACUUCUCCAAGUUUAUAGUUCUUUCACUAGGAACUGGAGCCUCGGGUGACAAAAGUGUUGAUGUUACGGAUCCUGACGACUGGGGAAUAUUAGCCUGGUUAGGUGCACCAUCUUUCUCCUCCACCCCCAUUAUUGAUGCUCUCAGGAGUGCCAAUGAUGAAAUGAUUGACGUCUAUAUGUCCUUAGUAAUUAAAGCUUUGGGAAUCACACCAAUCAAAAACUAUCUUCGGAUCCAGUAUCCUGGUCUGGAUAAGAACGAUAUGGCAUUCGACGAAUCCGACCCGAAGCACCUUCAGCACCUGAAAGAGUUGGGAAAAGAGCUGCUCAAUAAGAAUGUCACCACGAUGAAUAUAGACAAAGAAGAGUAUGAACCUGUUGACGGGCAGCCGAUGACCAAUGCUGAGGCACUCAAGGACUUGGCAGCCCGAUUGUCUGCUGAAAGAAAGAGUUGCCAGGGAGAUGCCGUUGCCAAUUUAUGGAUCAAGAGUGAUGAUGAUGAUGAUGAUGAUUAUCCUUGAUUGAUGGAGCAAUAUAUAGCUAGCAGGCAUGCAGUUCUAUGCACAUUGUUCAAAUAAAGAUGGAAGCUUCAGCUGUAUUAGCAUCCAUGGCGUGGAGUAUGAUGAGUACAAGAAGUCUUAAAUAAAGAGCAAAAACACUUAUCUCAUAGCUGAUGAGUACUGUUUUGCUCGAUUAGUGUCAUAAACAAAUAAUUUUGUGCCUGUAAUAAGUAUUUGGAUUGUACAAGUAUUUGCACUGCUGAAAUAAGUGUUUGUUUCACAUAGUA